GAGAAAACCCUACCAAAGUCGAGAAUAGGAAGGCAAACAUCAUCAUAAUUAUCAGUACUUCCACACUACACACAAACACAAACACAGAAACGGCACAUAGACCGUGGAAUCGCAGGGGAAAGAAACCAAGCUGGCGUGACUGAGUCUGAGUGGGAGUGGCCAACUGUUGUAUAUCGUCUCCUUCCUUCCGCCUUUCCCAAACCUUUCCCCUUCUUAAAUCUAAUCUUUCCCAAACCAAACCAAACCAAACAUCAUAAUCCAGCUAAAGCUAGCAAGCAAAAAAAAAAAAAAGCAAAGCUCGGAAAAUGAUGGAAGACGACCAGUACUACUUCUUCUACCCCAACUCCACCACCACCACAAACCAGAUUCACACCGCUACCAAGCAGCAGCUUCACAGCGACAUGCUCACCACCAUCAUCCACCACCAACAACAACAACAAGAUCACCACCCGCUAUUCCAGUACUCGCCACCUCCCUCUUCUCCUCUCCUCCUUCCCCUUCCUAAUUACUACCACCACGCCGACAUGGGAUCUGGUGGCGGCGGCGACAGCAACACCAUGAUGAACAACAUAGUUGACUUUACCAGCAGCUUCCUCCUUCACCACCACCACCCGAAUCACCCUCCUCCAACUCAUGAUUCCACCACCGCGGUCUCAGAAACCCCUCAUCCUCCUCCUCCUCCCCAACAGAUGGAGAAGCCCAAGAACAACAAGUCGAAGAAGGCCGCGGCAGUUAACAACAGGAAGAGGUGCUGGAGAAGGGACAGGCACAGCAAGAUCGAGACCGCCCAGGGCCCGCGAGACCGACGGAUGAGGCUCUCCCUCAAGGUGGCCCGACCCUUCUUCGGCCUCCAGGACAAGCUCGGGUUCGACAAGCCUAGCAAGACCGUCGAGUGGCUGCUCAACCACUCCCGCCUCCACAUCGACCACCUCUUCUCCUCCUCCUCCUCCUCCACCACACAACAACAAGCCGCCGAGAUGGCCAUGAAAAUGAACUGCAUGACCUCCUCCAUCACCAAUUGCACCACCACCACCACGACUCCAGCAGCCGCGGCAGCAGGCCUGGUAGAAGAGGGACUGGAUAGCAGCAGCGUUGUUACGGAAGAUCAUCACCGGAACGAUGACAAGGAGACGACGACGAGGAGGAGGAGAUGCAGGAAGGAGGGCUCGAGUCCGCGGAAGGCUACGAAGAUGAUGAUGAUGAAGAAGAAGAAGGUGAAGAAGGGAAUCUCAUCGGUGGUGAGGAAGAGGGCUGCCGAUGGUGAUGUUGGGAUGAUGGCGACGAGGAGGGAGGCGAGGGAGAAGGCGAGGGAAAGAGCGAGGCAACGUACCAAAGACAAAUUGCUCAUCCUCUCCAUCUGCAGAUCUACUAUUAAUACUACUACCAUGGCAAAAACUACUAGCUCCCCAUUUCAUCGCCAAGAUCACGACCAGCUGCAGCAGCAAGAGCCGCAGCCGGAAUUUCAGUCGUUCCACGGGCAAUGGGAUGCGGGGGCAGCUUACAAUUACCACCUCCACCACCAACAGCUUCCACCAAGCUAGUUUGAUUUAGUGAGUGAGUGGAUAUAUAUAUAUGGUUGGAAAAACUGCAUGGGAUCAAAGAUUGAUCAUCAUCAUAACUGCAUAUAUGUUUCCUGGUGAAAUUCCUUUCCCUUAAAUUACUUCCAUGUAUCCAUCUGAUCUAUCUGUAUCAAUAAUCUACUUCAGUCGAUGUGUGUUGCUGGCUUUUUCUGAUGUUCAUCCCUCUCCUUAUCUACUUACUACUUUUGUUUUCUUUCCUCUUAGCUACUUCUCCAUUAUAUGUAGACGUGUCUUACUCUUUUCUUUGCCCUUCUUCUCUUCUUGGUCCCCGCCUAGCCCUUUCCAAGGACAUUUGGUAUUUGGUUUUGUUAUGUAAAAGGAAAGCUUGAGUACUGUUUUUUUGGAGGAUAUUUAUAUGAUGAUUAAUU